AUGGCAAUAACAAACGCAUCUCUCACUAUUCACCGUAAGCCCUUCAAAACACCUUUCGUAUCCUCGGUCAAGCGAGGCGGAAGUUUGGGAAGUAAAACACUUCCUAGUAAAGAGAUAAUACAUCCAAAUCGGCAGGCUUCCAAAGAAGAACGCAUUGUAAAUGAACAACUCAAUAAGGUUCGAAGAGAGAACACGACACUGCAAAACAGUUUGAAGAUCCUUCGAAAGUAUGAACGAGAGCUGGAAGUCCUUGAACUAAUUGAUAAAUGGAGAUCCAUUUGUCAAGCAGGAAUGGCAUUUCUAUUGAACUCAACGCUGCUUAAAGUUAACAAGAUGGGCGGUUACGAAGAGCUGAUCCGUAAAGAAGUCGAAGCGGAAAAACGAAAACUUGAAUACCAAUUUGCCGGAAGACUUCAAGAUGAAGUUGACGAGGUUUUAGAAUCUGAAGAGUUCAAAGCACUUCCCGAGUUAGAACAGCAGUGGUUGAGGAGGGAUCUGCAACAGAAGGUGGAUAGCAAUGAACAACUUCAGCAAGAGGAGAUCAAAAAACUUGACCUUAAGCUCACGGAAAGCUCCAAUAAACAAAUGACAAUGCGAGAGCUUGCCAACCGCCUGAAAGUGGAUUAUGCGUUAGUUUUUGAGGAAUGA